AUGGCCACGCAACCGAUGGAUGCGACAGCCACACAACCGACCAAAAAUCCACAAUCGGACAGGGGGGCGAGUUGGCUAAAAGACUUCAGACGGUAUAACCCCCGUCCUUUUGUCAAUUCAAAGGAAGAUCCCACAACAGCUCAGAUGUGGAUCGCAAACAUGGAAACGACCUUUGAAUCAAUGAGAUGCCCUGAUGAACAUAAAGUAGCAUGUGCGGUAUAUGUACUGCAAAAAGACGCAGAAGUGUGGUGGGCAGAUAAUAAACAGAAUAUCAACCUAGGAGAGGGGAUCACAACGUGGGAAACCUUUAAGGAAGCUUUCCUGAAAUAUUACUAUCCAAAGGAAACCCGUAUAAAGAAACAACAAGAAUUUAACCACCUGACCCAAGGUGAAUGCACGGUGGACCAGUAUGAUCAGGAAUUCAUGAGAUUAACAAGGUUCACACCGUCACUAGCAGACACUAAAGAGAAACAGACGGAGAAAUUUGUGUUGGGGUUGAACCCGAAGGCCCGCCGCAUGUUGGAGGCACUUAACCCGAAAACAUACGAAGAGGCCCUAAGGACGGCCAAGGCUUUGGAGGAACCUCUGGAGGAGAAAAAUCCGGACCCAACAGUUGUCAUAGGAAAGAAACGCCCUGUUGAGGUUGGACCCAAGGAAUUCCAACCACCACUCUAG